AUGUCUACUGACGCAUACUUCGAAGAUUCAACUUACUGCUCGUUACUUGGCUUCCUGGAACACAAGCGUCCAACAGAAAAAGACAAAGCCUACAGUUUGUAUAAAGGAACACUUAGUUUCAUUUCUAAAGACGAUACCAUCAAGCCAAAACGAAGAACUCGCGCGAAAGCUUGUCUAAAACAUUUUAAGGUGAUGUUUCAUACUUUCUUUGUUAAAAUAUUUCCAUUUGACCUUUGUGUCGUACGUCAAUGGAGACUUACCAUCGUCCUAUCCCAUCCUCUUGUGACCUCUGUGUCGUUGAGGGAGCUAUUUUGUUCGACCUCUGUGUCAAUGGGGGAUGGCCUCAGUGCUGGUUUGGAUUUCACACUACCUCCUAACCUCUGUGUUGUGGAGUUAUGA